ACCAUGUUACUGACGACAAGCCGCCUGUCCAGAGCGCUGCAGCUCACCCUGGCAGUCAUCAAACCCGAUGCUGUGGCUCAUCCCUUGAUGUUAGAGGCUCUUCAUCAAAGAAUUUUGGACAACAACUUUGUAAUUGUCAAACACAAAGACCUGGUGUGGAAAAAGGAGGAUUCUGAGAGGUUUUAUGCAGAACAUUCAGGGCGAUUCUUUUACCAAAGACUUGUGGAAUUCAUGUCAAGUGGUCCAAUGAGAGCAUACAUUUUAGCCCGAGAGGACGCAAUCAGACACUGGAGGGAACUGAUGGGACCAACCAAAGUGUUCAGAGCCAGAUACACGUCUCCUGGUUCCAUCAGGGCUCAGUUUGGCCUUACAGACACACGGAACACCACUCAUGGCUCAGAUUCUCCAGAGUCCGCUCAAAGGGAAAUCAGCUUCUUCUUCCCAGACUUUCAAAUGGAUGAGUGGAUGGAGAAGAAGGAGCCGUUGUUCCGAUCAGGACAGAUGCGCUACGACCAUCAAAAGCAGAUCCACACACUUUCAGCUCCGAGCUGA